AUGGCUGCAAAAAUAUAUUUAUUAGAAAUCUCCGGUGGUGCAGGAGGUGGAGGAGGCCAUGGUGGUGGAGCUGGUGGAGGUUUUGGCGGCGGUGCAGGAGGAGGAGGAGGCCAUGGUGCUCGUUUUUAAAUAUAGCUUUAUAGGGUAACUUGCUUGUGUCUCAAGCCAGAUUAAAAAGGAAGAUAUUUGCUGGAGAAUUUUAUUAUGAAUGGAAUAAAUGAUAUUUAAGAAGUAUUAGCUAUUAUAUGUUCAUGACUUCAUUUCAGUGAGGAAGACCACAUAUGAAUUGUAAAAAAUUGCCGGCGAAGAUUUUUUGGGGAAAAUGCUAAGAAAAUAUUAAACUUUAACA